UGCCGGUUCGCGAGGCGGCAUGGAGUCUGUGGCCUUGUACAGCUUCCAGGCCACCGAGAGUGACGAGCUGGCUUUCAACAAGGGGGACACACUCAAGAUCUUGAACAUGGAAGACGAUCAGAACUGGUACAAGGCUGAGCUCCGGGGUGCUGAGGGAUUUAUUCCAAAGAACUACAUCCGGGUCAAGCCACACCCCUGGUACUCGGGGCGCAUCUCCCGCCAGCUGGCCGAGGACACCCUGAUGAAGCGGAACCGCCUGGGAGCCUUCCUGAUCCGGGAGAGCGAGAGCGCGCCGGGGGAGUUCUCGGUCUCUGUGAACCACCCCAGGCCCACUUCGCCCAGGCCCAGUUCGACUUCUCAGCCCAGGACCCCUCGCAGCUCAGCUUCCGCCGUGGCGACAUCAUCGAGGUCCUGGAGCGCCCAGACCCCCACUGGUGGCGCGGCCGGCUGGCCGGGCACCUCGGCUUCUUCCCACGCAGCUACGUCCAUCCUGUGCAACUGUGACACUCAGCCGGCCACCGGGGCCAGAGGCAGACCUGGACCCCUGCUGGUCAGCACUACACUGGAACGUGACCCCAACAGCUUCCCCUGAUGAGCCCCACCAGCUGUGUGAGGUUUGGGCUUCCUGUGGAGCCUCCUUGCUUUUGACCUGGACCCUCCCUCCACCGGAAACUCACCCGCCAUGGGCUCCACUCGACCCAGAGCUGGAGGACUCAGGGGCGGGACCCCGUGGCUGGGCACCCACUGGGCUGCCUCUGUUCUUGCCAACACCCCUGCACUCUCUCUGCCCCUUGGGGAGAGAGCUUAGUGCUGAGGGGCAACACCUGU